GUCGCAUUUCUAGAAAUUAUCAUUAUUAUAACGUGGCAAUAAAUUCGAGGAUUUUAUUUCUAAAUUUUGGAUAAUGAUAACAAUAUCUUUCCCGCCUUCAUAAAUUUUCUACGUAAAAUGUUGAAAAGCUAACGUUAUUUUAUUUUCAUACCCAUUUCACUUUGAUUGUCUCUUCUAACGUGACGUAAAAAAGUGUGAUAAAUAUGCUCAAAACAAACCAGAAAUAGUGUUUCAUUCCCUUCUGAGAUUUAUUUUUAAAACCGACCUUCCUCCGAACAAAAGGAUCAUUAAGUGAAAGAAUUGAUAUCGCUAAAUACCUGAAGAGAAUCGAAUUGGAUAUGCUUUUCGUCUCUAUAAUUAUUACAAUGAAGACGAUUUUUUUUCUGUCAUCGUCCACUUUGGUGAGAAUAAUUACAGAAGCAAAACGUAUAAAUUUUAAAACAAUUAUAACUAUGCGAAGCUAAGCGUAAGCAGGUUCAGGUAUACCUACACCUAGACAUUUGGUUUUGUGACACUUGUGAUCAUCAUGAAGAAAAAAUACGAUGUGAUGCAAAUAAUCACCUAUGAUGAAACUGAAACGAGCAAGAGUGGGUUAAACGAAACGAAGGUUAAAAAUCCAGGUAUCGGUGUGCGACAUUUGCAAAGUUUAUUAUUAGCAUUAUGCGUUUUCUGUGGAUAUCUCAUAAGGGUCAACUUAUCAGUGACAAUCCUUGCUAUGACCAAACCUGAAGAACCAACCGAGUCGAAACAAGAUUAUGGAUUUCCUGCAUAUUACUGGGAUGAAGAUGUGCAAGGUUGGCUACACGCGUCCUUCUUUCUUGGUUACCUUGUUAUGAACUUUCCUGCAGCUUGCUUAGGAGUGUAUUUCAACUUGAAAAUGUUACUGUUGAUUUCAACCAUUGUAAAUGGAAUGUUGGACUGUAUGACUCCAAUUCUGAUCAACAUGGAUUACAAUGGAACAAAUGAAUUUUUGUUACAAAUAAAAGAAAUUCUCGGCGAGGGAAAUUGGAGAGUUUUUGCUGUGCUUCGAACCAUGCAAGGAAUGAUUCAAGCGUUUAUGAUACCGACAAUUCACGCCAUAAUUGCCCAAUGGGCUCCUCCCAAUGAACGAGGUCGAUUGGUAGGAUUCAUCAUGACCGGUAUACCAUUUGGCACAAUGGUCGCAUUGGCAGGUUCUGGAGAGUUGACCAGUAAUGCCAACUUGGGUUGGCCUUCGGUAUUCUAUAUUAGUGGUGUUUGUAGCAUAUUAUGGGCUCUGUUCUGGGGAUGGUUUGGUUUCAGUAGCCCUUCAGCGCAUCCAACUAUUUCAUCCGAAGAAUAUAAUUACAUUUGUAGUGAAUUACCACCGAAAUCUGAAAAAAAAGUACCAUGGAUUGAUCUGUUCACGAGUCUUCCCGUCUGGGCCAUUGUUAUCGCUCAUACAACCCACAAUUGGGGAUUCUGGUUACUUUUAUCCGAAAUGCCAACCUUUUUACAUGCAGUUUCAGGCUUCAAUAUAAAAUCAGACGGAUUACUUUCUUCCACACCUUACGUAACCAUGUGGUUAUUACAAUUCCCCGUCAUGUGGGUAGCUGAUACACUAAAUAAACGAGGUAUAACAUCAUUAACAAUCUCGCGAAAGAUAUGGACUUCUAUUGGUCUUUGGGGAUCAGCAGCUGGUCUUUUGGUACUUGGGCAUUUAGAUAAUAACACACUAGCUGCUGUAAGUUUAUACAUUGUUUCUGUUGGUAUUGGAUGCUGCUGUAAUGUAGGCUUCAACGUCAACCAUAUGGAUUUAACAUCGAACUACGCCGGUAUCGCUAUGGGUCUGUCGAAUGGUAUCGCAGCCACGGGUGGUUUUGGGGCUCCACUUAUGGUCAGCGUUUUAGUGCAGGAUAUUACUUCAGUAAGUCAAUGGCGUACAGUUUUUUAUGCAGGAGCAGGUAUCCUCUUCCUUGGCAACUUGUUCUUUGUACUUUUUGGUUCUGGUGAAACCCAAUCCUGGAAUAAUAAGCAUAAGGAUACUAGAUGCUGAAUUGAUAUUUUUAUAUCUGUACAUAUUUAUUAUAUGCUAGGGUUUUUCUUGUUACCUAGGUAGGUAGGUACCUAUUUGUGUGAAUUUUAAAAUAAAAUUUAUUUUAUUUUGUGACA